AUGAGUGCUGGUACGGGUGAUAUUCCAAGAGUUUUCUCCACUGGAGACAAGGGUACAUUUGGUUGGUAUACAGCAGAAGUACGCUGGCCUAUUAUUGUUCAAAAUGCCAUCGAUGACACUCAGGCAGCCAUUGAUGAGAGUACUAGCGAAUUGAAGAAGCAGCAAGGUGCUGUUAUCAAGGGUCAAUUGGCGCAAUUGAAACAAGAUAUUGAACAAAACCGUAAGCCACCAAUGUUACCCGAGGAUGUGAAAGAGUACGAGCCAUUUAAUGUUACAUUAAGGGAAAACGACUCACAGACGUGGUUAAACGGUGACUGGUUGUUCUUGGAGGUGUUAAUGUACAGAAUAAUCAAUGUGUACUUUAAAGCCCAGUCGGAAUGGACUCAAUUUGAUAUAUUUGAACGUUUGAAGGAUUCGACUUUCAAGUCUUCGAAAUCAGGUGUCCUUGAUUUGGCGCUGUAUUACCAUGGACUUGCAGAGAAGUUCAACGGUCAACCAGAAGCCAUUCCACCUCUGUUCCAAGAGUUUAUGGAAAUUUCUUUGUGGGGGAAUGCUACUGACUUGUCGUUGCUAGCCAAUGCAUCUUUAGACGACAUUAGCGCAAUUCAAAAUGCUGCUCACAGGUUGAAGCAAAAAUCUAACAUUUUGAUCGAUGACACUAACAAGACUUUUGAGUACUUGAAAUCUUUUAAAGGGGAUGCUCGUGUUGAUUUCGUUCUAGACAACUCAGGGUUCGAAUUGUACACUGACUUGUUAUUCUCGCUUUUCUUACUUGAUUUCAAAUUGGCCUCCAAGGUUGUCAUGCAUGGUAAGAAUAUCCCAUAUAUGGUUAGUGACGUCAUGAUUAAGGACUUUGAGAACAUCAUUAAGCAAUUGGAAGACCCUGAAUUUUUCCCAACUGAUGACAGAACGCACUUGGACUAUGUUGCUUCCAAGAUCAAGGGUUACGUUGCCGAUAAUAAACUUUCCAUCGAGGCACAUCCUUUCUGGACCGGUCCAUUGGACUACUGGCAUUUGGAUCCCUCUGAAACGAAGUAUGGUGGUGCAGAAUGCCAUAAAGUGUUGUCUCAGGCUCAAUUGAAUAUUUUCAAGGGUGAUUUGAACUAUAGAAAGCUUACCGGUGAUCGUGUGUGGCCUAGAACCACGUCGUGGGAGAGAAGUAUCGGACCAUUGAGCCACAACGGUCUUGUUACUCUAUCGUUGAGAACAGCUAAGGCUGAUGUUAUUGUUGGUCUUCCCGAAGGUAAGGACGAAGAAUUGUCCAAGUACUGGGUAGAACAAGGUAAUGAGUACGGAUCGUGGUGGGCAGCCUCUGGUAAAUGGGCUGUCAUAUGUUUUAACGACGGUACAUCCAAAUAA